AUGGAGGGGCUUCAGUUCUUCAAAAUCGCUUUUGUAUUGCAAAGUCUAGUCAUAUUUUCUAGACAUAGUUUUGGUUUUGCAGCAACAAAAUCAAAAGGAGUUAGCAUUAAGCUCAUCCCAAUAGACUCUCGGGAGUCCCCCUUAUAUAAACCUAACCUUACUCCCCGCCAAAAAAUUGAGAGAAUGGUUAAUGUUACCCUGGCUAAAGCUAAACUGACAAAAUUGCGUUAUACGCAAAAUUCGACAUUCGAUGAUGACAAGCAUUUUUCUGCUCUAGACCGUCAAGAUAAGUUCUAUAUUGCGCAGAUGUUAAUCGGAAACCCAAUUCAAUAUGUGUAUGUACUGGUGGAUACUGGUGCUUCGCUAUUUUGGACACAGUGUCAACCUUGCAGAGAAUGUUUCCACCAAAGUUAUCCCAUUUACAAUCGGCGAGCUUCCUAUACUUACCAGAAAAUUCCUUGCAAUCACCCUCGUUGUAACUAUGGUGAACCAGGCAGCAUUUUCCAAUGUGUUAAUGGAAAUUGCGUCUACCGUCUUGGCUAUGGUGAUAGUACAUCAAACAGCCGGACACAAGGUUUUGCAUCUUUCGAAUCAUUUCGUUUUUUAGUGAACGACAAUGGUGAUACGGAAACAUUUACUCUUCUCUUCGGCUGCUCCAUUCGUAACCUACAUUUCGGUUUUGCUAACGAUGAAGACAACAGGAUUUCUGGGAUCUUGGGAUUAGACUUAAAUCAAAAUUCACUAGCGUCCCAAUUGUCAGAUGUCUUCUCUUAUUGUAUUGUUCCCUAUGAUGAUAAUUAUCCAUUCGAUGUACAUCCUCAUAAACUGAGGUUUGGGGCGGAUGUUUUUAUUCCUCCACAUAGCAUUCCAACAACGAACUAUGUAAGGGUUGAAGGUAAAAAUUAUUAUUACCUUCGUCUUUUAGAUAUAAGUGUGGGAGGUUCUCGCUUAAAUUUCCCACCAGGUACCUUCGAACCUUCCCCUGCUAGUGGAUUUUUUAUAGAUUCAGGAACUCCAUUUACCACACUCACCACAAGUUCCCCGAACGGGCUCAAUGUUUUUGAAAUGGUGAACACAGCAUUUAGUCGAUACUAUGAUUCUCUUAAUCUUGCGAGAUAUCAUGCUCAUCCCGAUGAUGUAUUCCGAGUUUGUUAUAGGAACCGACGAAAUUUUAGAAAUUAUCCAUCAAUGACCUUCCAUUUCCAAGGGGCAGACUACCAAGUAGAUGGAAGGUUUGUGAACUUUCGAUAUCCUGGUGACCGACAUUUCUGUGUAGCAAUAAUGGACGAUGAAAGCAUUUCUAUUCUAGGAGCUUAUCAUAUGCAAAAUAUGCGCAUAAUUCAUAAUGGCCAAAUCAGAGCACUUCAGUUUUUCCCAGUAAAUUGUGCUGGAGAUCAUUUUUAG